UAUUUGGGCACGAAGCAGGUUAUUGGAGGCUGGGACCCAGCAGGCGGCUGAUAACCCUGCUGAUAACGGCUCCCACCGCACCUCGCCAUCCCCAUUGGCUCCUGCCAGCAGGGGCUGCCUAUAUCUCCCCCUCCCCAUCCUGGGCUGCAGGCUGUGCAUGUGGGGCACGAUGAUGCCUGCCAGGGUGCUGGGGUUGCUCCUCAGUUUGCAGCUCUGCAUGGGCAGCGAGGAGCUGCGGCUGGUGGAUGGCGGUGGGCGCUGUGCUGGCCGGGUGGAGGUGAAGCAUGAAGGCGAAUGGGGAUCCGUCUGCAGCUAUGACUUCGACUGGGACAUAAAAGGGGCCAGUGUGGUGUGUCGUCAGCUGGGCUGUGGCACGGUGGCCCACGCAUCCCCAUAUGCCCCAUUCGGGCAAGGCAAGGGACGCAUCUGGCUUCAUCCCUUCUUCUGCCGUGGCACUGAGACCAAGCUGGAGAACUGCCCCCACUUUGGCUGGGGGAACCACUUCUGUGGCCAUGAGUGGGACGUUGGGGUGAUCUGCUCAGAGGCACUGGAGCUGCGGCUGGCGGACGGUGGAGGACCCUGUGAGGGGAGAGUGGAGGUGAAGCUUCGGGGACGCUGGGGCACAGUGACAGAUGAUGCCUGGGACAUGGAUGAUGCUGAGGUGGUGUGCCAGCAACUGGGCUGCGGCUCAGCUGCUGGCGCCUACUUUGCCUCACGAUUUCGGUCAGUAGAUGGCCCCAUCAUGUUGGCCUUUAUUGACUGCCAUGGAGAUGAGGCUGCCCUGUGGAAUUGUAACAUUCAGGGCUGGGGUCCCUACAAUGGUCCUCAUGAUUAUGACAUUGCUGUGGUCUGCCAAGGGUUCUCCCGGCUGGCCGGUGGGGACAGUGAGUGCUCAGGGAGACUGGAGGUGCGGCAGGGCCAGGCCUGGGUCAGCAUCUGUCACGGCCACGUGGACCUCAUGGCCGCCCACGUCGUCUGCAGAGAGCUGGGCUGCGGUACAGCACUGGCCCUAUAUGGGACUGAGCAAUUUGGUGCAGCAGAGGGGCCAUUCUGGCAUGGUGCCUUUGAGUGCAACGGCACUGAGCCCCUCCUGUCCACUUGCACACAGCGGCCUCCGCACAUCCAGACCUGCAUCCAAACCACAGCCAUCAUCUGCUCCUACUACACCGGGUUACGGCUUGUGGAGGGCGGCUCAGCCUGCACCGGGCGGGUGGAGGUGGAGGCACAAGGGGUGUGGGGACCCCUGUGUGCCACUGCCUGGGACCUGCCCGAUGCCCACGUCCUCUGCCACCACCUGGGCUGUGGCUCUGCUCUCUCCUUGCCCCCGCCAGGCCUUUUUGGGAUGGGUAUGGGGACACUGCGGCGUGAUGCCCUCAGGUGCAGUGGAAGUGAGCGGCAUCCAGGCGAGUGCCCUGUGGAGGUACUGGGGCAGCCCGCCUGCCCUCCUGGGCACACUGCUGCCAUCAACUGCUCAGGUGUCACCGAGCCCCUAAGGCUCCACGGUGGGGAAAGCCGUUGCGACGGACAGCUGGAGGUGGCCGUGCGCCCCGGUGUCUGGGCCCGUGUGUCUGUGGGGCUGUGGGACAAUGGCACUGCCACCGUGGCGUGCCGGCAGCUGGGCUGCGGUGUGCCUGAGAAAAUCUAUGCAGCGCCGGCCAAUGGCUCGGGCCCCAUGGAGCUGCAGGAGCUGCGCUGUGUGGGCACCGAGGAGCUCCUGGCACAGUGUAACAUUUCAGGGAUGGCCACAGAGCUCAGCAAGAGCCCUGUGGAUUUGGCCAUUGCCUGCUCAGGAAGCAAGCAGCUGAGGCUGGUAGGCGGCCCGGGGCGCUGUGCCGGCAGGGUGGAGGUGUACAGCAAGGGCACGUGGGGCACCGUCUGCCAGGACACCUGGACCCUGCAGGAUGCCACCGUCGUCUGUCGCCAGCUGGGCUGCGGAUGGGCCCUGGAGGCACCUGGCUCCGAGCGCUUUGGGCCUGGCACUGGGACGCUGUGGCCUGGUGCCGGGGGCUGCUCUGGCACAGAGGAUGCUCUGUGGCACUGCGCAGCCAAAGUGCAGCGUGGCUGCCAGAUUGGAGGUGGAGCGGGCGCUGUGUGCUCAGGGCUGCUGGACCUGCGGCUGACGGGAAGGAGCAGCAGAUGCAGUGGAUACCUGGAGGUGCUGCAUGAGGGGACGUGGGGUCCUGUUUGUGCCAACGGCACCAGCCUCGCCACGGCCACUGCCGUCUGCCGCCAGCUGGGAUGUGGCACUGAGGGAAUUCUGGCAGCCAUCGCUGCAGAGGGCUUGGAACCCGCCUGGCUGAGCUGGGUGAGUUGUGAGGAGGGAGCCCGCUCGCUCUGGCGCUGCCCCUCAGCGCCAUGGCAGCUGCAGGAAUGUGACACCACUGGGAUCACCUACAUCUCCUGUGAAGAGGACACCAGGGACAGCAGUGAGGCUACCAGCCCAGCCCCAGCUCUCACCCACAGCGCCGUCCCGCUGACUGCAGCGCCAAGCAGGGUGUCAGCACUCACGCUGCUGUGCGUGGUCCUGGGGACGCUGCUGUGCCUGGCCCUGGCCGCCCUGGCAGUUCUGGCACACCGCACACGGGCCCAGAGCCAAGGCCCCAGCAAGGAUGCUGCCUCUGAGGUUGUGUAUGAGGAGCUGGACUACAGCCUGAUGCCUGAUUACCAGGAGGUGCCCAGCCACACAGGCUCCCUGUCCCUGGGCUCAGGGAAAAAGGUGUCGGAACCCAGUGGGGAUGGUGCAGAGGAGAGCAACCUCCAGGUGUCCUCAGACUCCCUUGCUGAGCCCCAUCACAGCCCCUCACAUGGCUACGAUGAUGCUAUGGCUGUGCUGGAGGUGUCCGUCUCUCCCCACCUCGGGGACAAUCCAGCACAACCACCCGAGGACACAGGAUAUGACGACGUUGGUGUCAGCACCCUGGGGACAUCGCUGUGAGCAGCCUGUGAGGACAUGGCUGGAACAGGGACCUCUGCUCCCAAGAAGGGGCAGCCCUGUUCUUGGCAGCAUCACCUUUCCCUGCCUGGUGCACAAAACAGCACCAAAUUGCUCCAUUCUCCUUCCUGAAGCUCGGACACAACAGCAAGUUGACUUGUAUAAAUAAUUUUCUGUAACUCUUUCCAUAUGAGUAUCUCUUCUUUAUUAAAACCCCAAAUCUGUGGAGAAACUCGC